AUGGGGGUCACAGCAGUGCUCGCCCUGCCUCUGCUGCUCCUGGGCAUCAGCGGCCUUCUCUUCAUCUACCAAGAGGUGUCCCGGCUGUGGUCCAAGUCGGCUGUGCAGAACAAAGUGGUGGUGAUCACCGACGCCAUCUCGGGCCUGGGCAAGGAGUGCGCGCGGGUGUUCCACACGGGCGGCGCGAGGCUGGUGCUGUGCGGGAAGAACUGGGAGCAGCUGGAGGACCUUUACGACGCCCUGAUCAGCGUGGCUGACCCCAGCAAGACGUUCACCCCAAAGCUGGUCUUCUUAGACCUGGCGGACAUCAGCUGUGUGCAGGACGUGGCCAAAGAGGCGCUGGGCUGCUACGGCUGCGUGGACAUCCUCGUCCACAAUGCCAGCGUGAAGGUGAAGGGGCCCGCCGACAAGAUCUCCCUGGAGCUGGACAGGAGGAUCAUGGAUGCCAACUACUUUGGGCCCAUCACACUGACCAAAGUCCUGCUGCCCAACAUGAUCUCCCGGAGGACGGGCCAAAUCGUGUUAGUGAACAACAUCCAAGGCAAGCUCGGAGUCCCGUUCCGCACAGCCUAUGCUGCCUCCAAGCAUGCGGCGCUCGGCUUCUUCGACUGCCUCCGAGCCGAAGUGGAGGAGUACGACGUGGUGGUCAGCACCGUGAGCCCCACGUUCAUCCGGUCCUCCAACGUGCUCCCGGGCCGGGGCGGCUGGCAGGCCUCCAUCUGCAAAUUCUUUUCCAGGAAGCUGACUUACGGGGCGCACCCCGUGGACGUGGCCGAGGAGGUGAUGCGCACCGUGAGGCGGAAGAAGCAGGAGGUGUUCAUGGCCAACCCCGUCCCCAAGGCCGCCGUGUACCUGCGCACCUUCUUCCCCGAGUUCUUCUUCGCGGUGGUGGCCUGCGGCGUGAAGGAGCGGCUCAGCGUCCCCGAGGAGGGCUGA